CUUCGUUGAUCACUCUCAUAGCCCGAGUGACUCAACUCUCACAACCACUCUUCACACUCUUUUCCCACUCAAACCCUCCACCUCCAGAGUCCAGGCUCUCCGCACGGCCAGAUCCCACUGCCGCUGUUCAGGAGACCGCGACUCGAAUCGCCGCCACAGAUCCUCGCGUCUCCGUCCAGAUCCGUCCAGUUCAAUCGGCAUUUUGGAAAGAUAUCCGAAUGGCCGCAUCGGAGCAGCAAGUUCCAUCUAGAACUUCUCCACCUGCUCAUAUUGUUGGAAGUGCCUUUGUUGAUCAGUAUUACCAUAUGCUGCACGAGAGCCCUGAGCUCGUGCAUCGCUUUUACCAGGAUGUCAGCAAGUUUGGCCGCCCUGAGGAAAAUGGCAUAAUGGGAAUUACAACCACAAUGGAGGAUAUUAAUAAGAAGAUAUUAUCUUUGGGUUAUGGUGAACUCAGUGUGGAAAUUAUGUCUGUUGAUGCCCAAGAAUCUUAUGGUGGGGGUGUCCUUGUCCUGGUCACUGGGUUUAUAAAAGGAGAGGACAAGAUUAAGCAGAAAUUUACUCAAUGUUUCUUCCUUGCACCUCAAGAGAAAGGUUACUUUGUUUUGAAUGAUAUUUUGCGAUAUGUUAAUGACAAUGAAUCCCAAGGGUGUGCUCAUGAUUCCAAAUCUCCAGUGACUUCUGACCAUGUGGAAGAUCCUUCUGUACGGGUGAUGCAUGCUUCAGAGCAAAUAUCCAAGAUAGCUGUGGUUAGUGAUAGGGAGGAAGCAUUCAAUAUGGAAAAUGGGGAAGGUUCAGCUGAAGAAGCGGAAGCUCUGAUACCUGAAGUUUUUGAUGAAAACCCUGAUGAUUCAAAGCCCAUAGCUGGAUCAGCAUCUUCCAACGAGAGAGUUCCAAAGAAGUCAUAUGCCUCCAUUGUUAAGGUGAUGAGGAAGAGUGAAAAACCAUCUUCUACAGCCGCAACCUCUGUGGCUACAUUCACCAAGAGCCAAGAGCAACAAGGUACUCUAUCUCCGCCACCCAGUCGUUCAGAAGCAAAUGGUUCCGAGACAAAUACUAAAGAAAUUGCAAACAUUCAAGAAGCUGAAGCUGAGGGUUAUUCUAUUCAUGUGAAAGGGCUAUCACCCAACACUACACCUUCCCUCCUGGAGAGUGUGUUCAAGAAGUUUGGACCUAUUAAGAAUGGUGGUAUCCAAGUUAGAUCACAAAAGGGAUUUUGCUUUGGCUUUGUGGAGUUUGAAGUAGCAAGUGCUGCCCAAAGUGCACUUGAGGCAUCACCUAUUCUGAUUGAAGGGCACCAAGUUUUGGUUGAGGAAAAGAGAUCAACAACUCGAGUGAAUAGCAGGGGGCGAUUCCCAUCUGGAAGGAGGCCAGGAUACAGGAAUGAAGGAGCAAGAGAACGGGGAACCUAUGGAAAUGGGAGAAGCUAUGGCCGAGGCGACCCUAACACAAAGGGUGAAUUUGGUGGGUAUAGGAAUGUUAAUCAGGGUGGGUUUCUACAUCAUGGAGGUGACAGGUACCAGCGAAAUAAUCAUCCUGGAGCAAAUGGUGGACGGAGGAAUCGAAGUGGUGGGUUUUCUGGUACUGCGGCAGUCAAAACUACGGACGCUCGUGUUGCUGCUUCUGCUUGAGCAACUUAUUAACCCUUGUGGCCUUUUUGGUGCGAUGAACUCAUUGAAAGAUAUUUUCAAUUUCAGUCACUUAGUUAAAGGUAAAGCGGCAAUGAAGGAACUAAAUUUUAAUUUGGGGUGGACUAAGAUUUUCUUAGGGGUCAUUUCUCUUACUAUUUUUUUGCCAUAUUAGUGACUUAGGUAAAGGUAGUGCCCUAAAUAUUUGGUUAGUGGUAGUAGCAGUGUCAAUAUAGCAGAGGUUAGCUUUUGACCUUUUGUUGCUUCCAGAGUUCUUUAAAUAUUUUUGGAAGCAUGAUUGCAAUUUUGUGAGAAAUCGUCUAUUUAUCAUUUCUGACAGGACAGGCUGAUAGUGGCAUUAUACGCAAAAUUCCUUUGUGUAAAACUAUCUAAGACUUAAAUUUGAAUAUGAUAUUAGAACAAAUAUUGAGUACUCCAUUCGUUUGGCAU